AUGCAUUAUCUGGCUACACUGACAGUGACUGAGCUGAAUGUAUUGAUGAUCGCAAAAGAACUUCAGGAUAUGUCUUCACUUUGGGAUCUAAGGUUGUGUACUUGGGCCGAUAGGGACAACUAUGCUUCGUGGGCGAUCAAGAUGAAAGUCUACAUGAAGGCUCAAGACGUGUGGGAUGCCAUUGAGCCCGCGGCAGGCGCGUCCGUGGAACACAGGAAGGAUCAGAUGGCGUUGGCGGCCAUCUACCAGGGGAUUCCUGAAGAGACUUUGAUGGUGAUCGCAGAGAAGCAAACGGCAAAAGAGGCAUGGGAGACGUUGAAAACAAUGCAUCUAGGAGCGGAUCGUGUGAGGAACGCGAAGGUGCAGACCUUGAAGUCCGAGUUCGAACUUCUCCGGAUGAAGGAGAAUGACAAUGUCGACGAUUUUUCGACGAAGUUGACAGGAGUCGUCAACAAGAUCCGGGCUUUAGGUGGCGAGAUGGAGGAGAACUACGUCGUCAGAAAGCUACUUCGAGCGGUACCGGAGAGAUUCCUUACUAUCGUCUCCACGAUUGAACAGUUCGGGGACAUCGACGACAUGACACUCGAGGAGGCGAUCGGGCGUCUCAAAGCCCACGAGGAGAGGGCACGUGUUUUUCGAAACAACGUCGACGAUCACCUAUUGUUGACGCAUGCGGAGUGGCAAGCAAGGAGCAAGAAGAACGGCGGAGGCUUCCUCUCAACACCUACAACAAAUGAUGGUGGCGGACGAGGUCGCGGUCCGAGGAGCCCGGUCAGGCGGACGUGGCCGUGGCAAAGAGGCCGAGGUCGGCAGCCGCACCACGGCCAGCGGCAGCAGCACCACGCUGCCCAGGCAUGGCCGCGAGGAGACGAGAGCACGGCGCCAGAGGCCGAGGCAGCCGGCGAGGAGGACGUUCCAGUGAGGUGGUUGUCGCAUGAGGCUGCAGCUCGCCAGUGA